AUGCGCCUGCUUACCGGCGGCGCCGGCGCCGCGCAGGGCGGACUCCCGUUCACGGUCCGGUCCGUGGACGCCUUCGGGCCGACCGUGCUGGCCGAGGGCACCGACGCGACGGGCGCGCUUUACUGGGUGCACGCGUGGACCGUGGGCCCCAGCGGCCGCGUCACCGAGGUGCGCGAAUACUGCAACACCGCGCUCGUCGUGACAAUGCUCGGCAGCAGUGCCGACGCGGCGUCGGCGACGACGACGAAUGCGGCAUGCUCGCAAUCGAAGCAGGUGUGGCAGAGCCGGCUCCCGGACCGGGCUCGUAGGAACCUCCCUGGCCUCGUGCUUGCCAUCUGAGCU